ACAAGUCCUAAGUCGUGGUAGAUCGAAUUGACAGAGUCACCCUGAGACCCCCGAGAGCCCGGAAAAUCUUUAAAAAAAAAUCCGGGAGUGACGCAGGUAAAAAUAGUUAAACAAUAUCUCUGAAAAAUAAUACAUUUACUGUUAUAAAUCUGGACAGUUGCCGAUGGCUACGAAUUCAGACGGUGUUUGUGGUAGUGUUCGAGCGACCGAGUGUCGAUACAAACUCAACCUCAUCUAAAUAUAACCUCUGUCUCAAAUAUUCACCGAAGCUGCGUAACAAUUCUGUGAUUUCCCUAUUUACAUUCUGUCCCAGCGGAUCGAUUGUCAGUGUUCAACUGCAUCAAAACAAACCCUCCCCCCAUACCCUAACGCCGCCUUCAUAACCCUCGCAACUAACCUCAAACCCAUCAAGAUAUCGUCCUAACCUCAAAAUCAAUAGUUACCGGAAAGUGGUUGAAAUCAAUUCGGGGAGUUAUUGGAUUCCAAUAGUUCCCAGUAAAUAACGAUAGAAAAAACGGAGGCACGACCUUGAAGCCUCUAAGGGGAUAUCAAAAAUCAACUUAACCGGAAUUUAAUCACUAGGAAAGUAGGUUGUGAUAGUUUCUUAGAGUUCGACGCCAUCAUAACUCGCCGAACUAACCUCAAAACGACCGACACAUCAGAAGGACAACAAGGGGAAAGUGCUCGCUGGCAACAACAUUUUCAAUUGUAACAAGAGACGAAAAUCUGAGCUCCGGUGAACCUUCACGAUAUUAAGUUGACCUUGAAAAAAUAGAUUGUGAUAAUAUAUGAAAAUUUUUGGCAGUUGCGCUGCCCUCAUAAGCCCUGCGUAAGCCCUGCAUUUCUGAAAAAGUCGACCAACCUUCAAAGUAAUACAUUACAUAUUAAUUAGAAGCAUUUUAAUCCCUUGAGCUACUCUCAAAGUUGCAAGAAACCCCCGAUAAAGCAGGUCAGCCCCAAAAUUAAAAUACGAAAUGAAUUUAAAACAUUAAAAAACGUAAAUUCAUCGUUCUCAGCGGCCAAACAAAUUUCAUCCCCUGAACUCAUCUGAGUGACCUUGAGAAAGCCUUAAUUUGGCGUCAGUUUCACCUCCAAUUAGUCCAAGUCAGUGGUUGAAAAAAUCAUUCAAAUAAUCUGGUAAAUUGUGACUUCUAAUUGUUCCCAACAAAUAAAGAAAAAUCGAAAAAUUAAUCUUGGACUGGCCGAGCUGCGCGCGUUCGCAAGAAUUCCUGUGGGGGUGAUUGUGGUGGGGGGUUGCGGCCCGGCGCAAGUGUGUUGUGAGAACUACGUGAGUCAGUCAACGGUCUGCCGGCGUUCUGUGCAGACUGUGGUCAUUGCGUGUUAAAGUAAAAUUCAGUCGUGUUAUCGGAAAAUAUAUUGAGAGCUAAAGUAACAAAGCCGGAGGCAGAUAAAUAAAGUGAAUAUUUUUUUUUAAUUAUCCAGAGGGUCCCUUGUGUCAUCACUACCGGGGGGGCGGAACCAUCGAUCGUCGACGGAAAAACAAAAUAAACAAUUUGUGGAGAGGCGGACCCCCCGGGUUUACACCGGGUUACUAUCGUAUACACUACGAGGAUUAUCGAUCGUAUUUGACCCACGAACUAAAAACUGCUGUUACGGACAGGCGAGUGGACUUAUUCGACGUAUUUCGAAAUUUUGUUGACUUUUUUUUUGUUUUUUUUUUUUUAGAGAGGUGUUGAGGGGCUGGUGGUGGGAGUGAGAUAGUUUUGGGUGGGGGAAGUUGUGGAUUAUUAUUUUUUUAUUAUUGAGGAUUCAGCAUGGCUGCCCCAGUGGCCAGCACGAGGUUCAGUGACAACUAUGAUCUCAAGGAGGAGCUUGGAAAGGGUGCCUUCUCAGUGGUCCGGAGAUGCGUACAGAAAAGCACGGGCCUGGAGUUCGCAGCUAAAGUCAUAAACACGAAAAAAUUAUCGCAAAGAGAUUUCCAGAAAUUGGAGCGAGAAGCGCGGAUAUGUAGAAAAUUGCAGCAUCCAAAUAUUGUGCGAUUACACGAAAGUAUACAAGAAGAAAACUGCCACUACCUCGUCUUCGAUCUAGUUACUGGCGGCGAACUCUUCGAAGAUAUUGUCGCCCGAGAAUUCUACAGUGAGGCAGACGCCUCUCAUUGUAUACAACAAAUUCUGGAAAGCGUCCAUCACUGCCAUCACAAUGGAAUUGUGCACAGAGAUCUCAAACCUGAGAAUCUUCUACUCGCUAGUAAAGCAAAGGGUGCGGCUGUGAAACUGGCGGAUUUUGGAUUAGCUAUUGAAUUGCAGGGUGACGCACAGGCAUGGUAUGGUUUUGCCGGUACGCCCGGGUAUCUAAGCCCCGAGGUACUCAAAAAGGAGCCGUACGGAAAGCCAGUUGAUAUAUGGGCGUGUGGUGUUAUUCUCUACAUUCUUCUCGUCGGUUAUCCACCGUUCUGGGACGAGGAUCAACAUCGGUUAUACAGUCAAAUCAAAGCUGGAGCGUACGACUAUCCAAGCCCUGAAUGGGAUACUGUUACACCAGAAGCUAGAAACCUCAUCAAUCAGAUGUUAACAGUUAACCCGACCAGGCGCAUAACCGCCAGUGAAGCACUCAGGCACCCAUGGAUCUGCCAACGUGAGCGUGUGGCGUCUGUUGUGCACAGGCAAGAGACUGUCGACUGCUUGAAGAAGUUCAACGCAAGGCGCAAAUUAAAAGGCGCUAUAUUAACAACCAUGUUAGCAACGAGGAACUUUUCCAGUAAGUAUGAUGCACAGGCUCGAAGCAUCAUCACGAAGAAGGGUGACGGCUCUCAGGUGAAGGAGUCAACCGACAGCAGCACCACGAUUGAGGACGACGACGUCAAAGAGGAUAAGAAGGGCGGCGUCGACCGGAGCAGCACGGUCAUAGCCAAAGAACCCGAAGCUGGCAAUGGAACUGGAAGCCGUGGAAGCAACAGCAGCAGUGGAAGUAGUGGAAGUGUCGCCAGCCAGAAUAGCCAAGGUGUUCCAUCCGCAACGACAAUUCGCGCCUGCAGCAGUGCCACUGAUGUACCAAGACGAGAGAGUUCAUCAGCAACUGAUGGCUCGGAGGUGUGUGAGCGACGUGGAGGAAUGGGCUAUGGUGAAGCCAAUGGUGAGGAUGAUGCACGCCGACAGGAGAUUAUUAAGAUGACUGAGCAACUCAUCGAGAGUAUCAAUACUGGUGACUUCGAGGGAUACACAAAAAUCUGCGAUCCUCACCUAACUGCAUUUGAGCCAGAGGCUCUAGGUAAUUUAGUCGAGGGAAUGGACUUUCACAAAUUUUACUUUGAUAAUGUCCUGGGGAAGAACUCAAGUUGCAAAGCUGUCAACACGACAAUCCUCAACCCUCAUGUUCAUUUACUGGGGGAUGAUGCUGCCUGCAUUGCGUACGUCAGACUCACCCAAUACGUUGAUAAACAAGGUGUAGCCCACACCCAGCAGAGCGAGGAGAGCCGAGUGUGGCACAAGAAGGACAACAAAUGGCAAAAUGUACAUUUCCACCGAAGUGCAGUGACAGGUCCCUCGCCAUUCUCCUACAAUAACAAAUAAAUCAGCAUUACCUGGCUCGCUCCAUUAUAUUCCACAACCAAGUUUUUAACGAAUAGCAGAAAAUAUGCAUAGAGAAAAAAAAAGAGGUAUAGAAUCACGAGGAAAAUGGAUUAAAAGACGGAAUGAUAAAGCAAAUGUCACGGAUGAGAAACACGAGGGAAUAAUAGAAAAAAAUUGUUUUUCGCGAAAUACUUAAUUAGAAGGACCUUCUGAUUAACUGGAUGUGGGGAAUUUAUGUGACAAAAUGAAUUAUUGAUGAUUUAUUUGUUCCUCUAUGAGCUCAAUGAAAUGUCACAAGAGCAAUGAGAAUAUUUAUGAAUUAAAAUUCGUAUGAUAAAAAAAAAAAUUGUCGGCAAUUUCAUCACUUCUCUUCUACUUUCUACGUGUCGAUGUGACAAUUUAACUCGAAUAAAUUCUGAAAUAAUUCAUUUAACUAAUGAAUAAUACUUGAAUCUCACGUGAAUGGUAAAAUGGCUGAUGAACUGGUGGUUUUUGAAUAAUUAUUUUAUCUUUAUGUCAACGAGAUGCCGAAUGAAUCAUUGAAUACUAAACGAAGUCUGCUUACGAUUUUAUUAUUAGUUAGAGUAACAAAUUUAUUGUAGAGGGGAAUCGAGGUAGAAAUGGCCGCCGAGGGUUAUUGGGGAAUUGAGGCAUGAUCGAGCCUUAAUAUCGACCAAUGUGCCAUGUAAUGAAGUCUUACGAUAAAUCAAGUUUCAGAGGGAGGUGGGGUGGGAGGCUACGGAAUUAUUUUGCCUGGCAUUUUUUGCUAUUUUAUUCGGUAUUUCUGGGAUCGUAGGUGAUACACGCUGAGGAAGGUUCAAUAAAGAUUCGAUAAAAGUUACGAAUGAUCGAGUUAAAUGUAAUCGAAGUGAUCUGUAAAUAACGCGCCAGUUUCGUUAUUUUUACGGAGCUUUUAGUGCUUUUUACUGAAUCGUCAGUAACUUUUACUGGACCCUCGUACUGUCGGAACUAUUUCUCUUCGUGCGGAGGAAAUAAUAGAUGAUUGGAGGAGAAUGAAGAUUUUUAGGUGAUAAUGGGGUAAAGAAUAACGGUAUUGGAAGAAAUUUAUAAUGAUUCCAAGUGACAUCAUCCCACACUAAUUUAUUCUAAAUGAAUUCGCGAGAGUUUCAUCCCAAACUAUAAAUUCCGAUGGAAUUUUUCACGUUUACAACAAUAUUUCAGGCCGAGGACAUUAUUUACUAUUUUCAGAGAAGAAGACAGUCUUUUUAUUCGUUUAUUUCAUUUGUUUGUUCGGGGAAAAAUAAACAAAUUCAAAGUCUUUCGUCUUCUACGAUUUUUUUUUAAUUUUCUAGUUGUCAUGGGAAGCAAUAGAAGAGAAUAUUUACACAUUCAGAAAAUAUAGAUGAUGGUGACCGAAGGAAAGAGUCAACAAAAUAAGUUUUGGAAAUUCCCUGACUUUUUUACAUCCAAUGAUCAAAAAUGCAGAUUUCAAUCUCUGACCAACUAGACCAGUAAUGAAAAAAUAGGAUGAAACUGUCGUGGAAUCAAUUAAAUUUGGAAUAACUUCUGGGAUGAAUUAUCCUAUGAUGAAUUAACUGAAUAUCGUCUAAAAUGAUAAUUCAAAAAAACUCUGAGCGAGUUUAAUCAAUCAUGAGAGUUAUUAAGAUUACAAUCUUGUUAAUGGAGUUAAGGAGAUGAGUUGGUAAAAUGAUUUUGUUAUGAUUUGAUUACCUGAGGCUAGCGGAUCUAGAAAAACAAUUUUGAAUAUGUUCGAAUGAAUUUAAUACAAUUCAAUAUCAAACAGAAGAGCGAUUCAAAUCGAUUUAGCUGUUACUUGAGUUUUUGGAGAAUAUCUGUGGACCUGAGGGAGAUUAAAAAUUGUUAUGGUAACAGAAAUUAAAUAUUCGCUUCAAAUUUUGAAAUAUUCAUCGAAAACUAUCGACUAAGCAAAUUUCACUUGAGCUUGUUUUCUUUUUCGUUACUGAAGAGUUUUUCACAUAUUCAAGAAAUUCUCUGUCCACGUCUUUUGAUUCAAAAUAUAUUGUUGGAAUUACUUUCUAGAAUCUUUUAAAAAUCUCUUCCUAAACAAAUGCAAUUUUCUGUCUUGCGGAAUUUUCUUAAAAAAAUCUCGUAGCACUUUUGCAAAAACCUCUAGCUUGAAAAUUAUAUUUAUAAAACAAUUGAUGAGUAAUUUUCAUCUGAACUAUUUUGAAAAUAUCUCUGGAACAAAUGGACUCAUCAAAACUACAUUGCCAGACUUUUUUCGGCUUAUAAAACUGCAAAAAUUUUAGCGAUUUUUUCCUGCAUUUUUCCUUCUCGAGAUAUUUGCAAAAAUCCCGAUAAAAACUUUUCUCAACUCAUCUCCACUCCUCUACCCAAUCGAAUUUAUUAACUAGAAAGAAAUAAUAUGAAUCAAUCGUACACGAAAAUUCAGAAUUCGAGGGAGGACAAAAUCACUCGAGACUCCUCACAACACAGUAGAUAAAUUAAUGAAUAAAUGAAAAUUUAUCAGCCUGCGCACGUAUAUCCCUAAUGAUUUUACAUCUAAACCUAAAUUAAAACGAUACAAUCAAUAAGAAUUUAGUGAUUUUGUCAGUUCAAGUUGACUCUGUUUUUAAUUAAUGAGAAAAACAACUAAUGGAGAUAAAAGAAACAUUAGGAUUAAUAUUUGGGGCCCACUUUUAUCGUCCCACUGAGUGACAUCACUGAUGUUCCUUCCAGAGAGGUUCAGGCUUGCUAGAUCUGUCCGCCUCUGCAUCGCCAUCUCCCCUUUAUCACCACCAUUUAUUCAUUUUUAAUUAAUAUUUAGAUAAUAAACAAAUAAAUAAAUAAUUAAGUCAUUUUUAUGUGAAAAUAAGAAGAAAAAAAAUAUAUAAGCAAUCACUGAUAGAGAGCACGUCUUGAUGAUUAACUAAUCAAUUGAUAAUAGAACAAAUGAGAUGAAGAUUGAUGUUGCAUGGCGAAGCAAGGCGAGACAAUUUUUAACAAAUUACAUUUAAAUUUAAUUAAACAAAAUGAAUUUAAUGUACAGAACAUUCUUCCAUAUUUAUUUUCACCCUCUGAUAGCCGUGUUAAUCGUUAAUUGUUUAACUGAAUUCGUGUGCUAUUUAUCGAAAAAGACAAAUUGAUGGAAAAAUGAAUGUUUCUCUAAUUUUUAUUCAUGAAAAAAUUCUAUAGACACUCAGUGAUUUCUCAUAGACUAUUCCCGGAGCUCCGAAUAUAAGUGGAGAAGAACAAUGACUAAAUGAUUGAGUUGUAUUGAUGAUGUCUCAGAAUUCAGUCUUCCAGAACCUUAUUAAAAGCAUUCGUCACUAGAAAUUUUAUAGAAGAGUUCGUGGGUUCAUUCAGGGGCAACUUUACAGAGCUUUCUAUAGAAUCUAUGGAAAUCAAUAUAUGAAACAAACGUUUACCGAAUUUCUUCUAGAUUCUUGAGAAAAAUUGCAACAUUUUGAAAUGUUUGUGGAAAAUUUUGUGCUGUUUGUUAUCGUCUAUAGAUUAUCUAGAGAAAUGAUAUAGACAAUUCUGUAGAUCUUCUUGCGUGAUAAUUAUAAAUCACGUAUAUGGAAAUGCAUAAUUGCAUACAAUAUUUCAUUGGUUUGUCUAUAGAAAAUAUAUUUACAUAUUUCCAUAGACUUAAUUUUCGGCCCUUUAAAAUUUCAUUGCUAUUGCACUCCGCCACAGUCUAUAGAAACUCUAAUAUACCUGCUCCCUAUAAUUUCAUCUUCUAUAACACUUUCAAAUUUUUAUAAACAUCUGUAUAAAACUACUCAAGAAUUUACAAAACAAUUGAUUGCAUUCUUGGAAGACAUAAUCUGUGCGACGAUAUUGGCUAUAGAAAUUCAUCGAAGCCUUGAGAGUCAGAAUAUAAAUCUUCAGAACAAUUAACGAGUAAUGCCACAGAAAAUGUCUAUAGAAUUUUUUCAAUCCAUCAUUGAAAAACUAGUUGAUUAAUUCUAUUCAAUUUCCUCUUUACUCGAUAAAUUAUAAAUAUUAUAAAUAAAAAAUGAUUGUUUAUGUGAAUGGCGAGUCAUGAAAAAAAAUAUAUAGUGUAGUGUGAAGUAAAGUUGAGUUAUAGUUCAAUUAUAUCGAGGGAAAGAAUUGACAUAAAUUGAAGAAAAAUAAUUAAAUAAUUCGCGCUCUCUGUCGUGUCUCUUUUUGCAUAGUUAAUGUUACAUGCAUAAUAUAUAAAUAUUCGAUUGAAUAAAUUAAUAACAAUGAGAAUGGAAUAACACUGGCGUUGGAUCUCUCUCGCACGAUAUGAAGAUAUUAAAAAUUAUAAAUAUAAACAAAUUCAUGUCAAAGAAGAAAAAUAUUAGGGCGAAAUCAUUGAUUGAAAAACCAUUUUUAUCGAAUUUACCUUCGUUAUUUACGAUUGAUGAAUAUUUCUACACGUUCGUACAUUCUCCAUAGUUGUCACGAGUAAGUCUCAAUCUAAUGAAUGAAAAAUACCAAAAAAUUAUGAAAAAAAAAAUAUUAAUGAAUAAAUAGAAGUAAACACUUUUGCCAUCGUAUUAUAUAUAUAAAUAUUAUAAAUGAUUAAAAAACAAACUUUAAAGAACAUUACUAAGAAUGAAGAUAUGAUUUAUUAUAUUACAGAUAUAUUACAAUGAUAUAAAUAUUAAAACCAUGAAGGAAAACAUAAAAAAAAAUGAUUAAUGAUAAUUAAUUAAUAGUUAUUUCUACUACUCUAUUUCAUCGCUUCUCUACGUGUGAUUGUUGUAUAAAAUAAUUAUUAUUUAUUUCCAAUUUUUCUCAUUACGAAAUAAACGUUUAAAUAAAACCAA